CUUCUUCCGCUUUGUUUAUGGUUGAAUCCCGGCGAAAACGGCUAGAGAAAAUAUCGUGACGAUUUUCCUUUGUUUCUUUGAAAGAUCUAAAACCAAGUGUGUUAUAGAUCAUGGGUCCCAAGAGAGAAGCACCAGCUGAUGAUGGUGCUGGAGACGUAAGUGUCAAGAAAGCAAAGACAGAGAGUGGAGAGGCUGUAAAAUCGAAGAAAGGCAGAGGCAAACCUCGUGUUCAAGAGGAAACCAAGAAAGCGGCGCCUGUAGACACAGAUGUCAAGAAAUCCAAGACAGAGGCGGCUGGAGACACAGAUGUGAAGAAAGCCAAAGAGACUAAAGAACCAGUAAAGAGAGGCCGAGGCCGACCUCGUAUCCCUGAUGAAUUUAAGAAAACGGUGAAAAAGGUACCAACCGGAAAGCCGAGGGGUCGUCCACGAAAAUAUAAAUCUACGAAUAAUGAAGUGAAGAGAAAUGGAAGUUCAACAGGAAGAGGUCGAGGUCGACCAAAGAAAGUCGCUGUUGAGUCUCAAUCUGAGGAUGAUGAAGAAGAAGAUGAUUUUGUAGUUGAGGAAGAGAACUCGGCAGGAGAGGAAGAAGCAAGUGAGGUCAAACCUGUAAAGAGCUCCCCCAAAAAGAAUAAUGCAGUGAAGAAAAAUGCGACGCCAACAGGAAAGGGUCGAGGUCGACCAAAGAAGGCCCCUGUUGCACCUGAACCUAAGGAAGAGGACGAAAAGGACAUUGAAACCAUUGAAGAGAACUCUGCAGGAGGGGAGGAAGCCAGUGAAGAGGUCAAACCGGUGAAGAGCUCCCCCAAGAAGAGAGGUCGACCUAAGAAGAGGGUUUCAGCCAAGAAGCAGGCAGCAGGCAAGAAGCAGGCAGUAGCUGAGUCAUCAGAGGAAGCUGACUCGUGACCUAACACCAAUCAUCAUCUCUCGGAUCAUCACUGGACUCCCCCUACCAUUCACUGCCACAGGUCAAAGUGACACAGGUCACCUUGACCUACUGAUCAUGUGUACAGACUCCACAUCACAUUUCCUCUUUGUACAAAGAUGCAACAUAUACACACAAUCAAGUUACUGUAAUCAACAUAUUUACUGCCGUGGGAGAAAAUUUUAUAACUUCCUUUCUUUUUUUAAAUCAUUAAACUACGGCAUGGCAAAAGCAGUGUCGUCUCUCACCACUUGAUCUUUUAUUAAUUUGUUCUGAUGUCUUAUUCUUUAGCUUUGCUGAUUUUGUGGGAAAAAAAAGAAGUCAAGUGUUUGAAGUUUUAACACCACUUUUUACUUCAAUCUAAAUAUGUCGAUUAUGGUACAAUAAUACAUAGGGCAUUGAUAUAUUUUUAAAUUUUUAAAUAGUAUCAGAAGCAUUGUGUCCAAUGCCACAGCAAAUUUGUAGUUCUUUUUGUGAUGGAAAGAUGAAACCAUUACUCAUUUUAGACAGAAUUAGAUUUCCUUUCUGGAAUAUAGACCAAGAGUUCUGUCUAACCUUACCUGCUUAAAAACAUUGCAUUUAUUCCGAAAUGCUCAUUUUGUUUUGCCCGAAUGGUAUUUUGCAUUGCACGGAACUUAAAUGUCAGUGUAUUUCUCAUGAAAUUCAGUGUUGAAAUAAUUAUGAUGGCAUAUAUCACCUGAUAUAUGACUGACAUGGAAAGUGUUCUGCAGUAAGUGUAGAAGCUUACUAAACCUAAAUAUACACCGGGAAAAUAAUUAAGCACCACUAACUAUAUUUCCAUAAAAAAUGACAUUGUUACUGUUUCAUGGCAGUAUUUUUUCACUACACUUUCGGUGUGUUCAGCUUCUUUGCAUCGGCCCAUUUCUGGUGUCCCCUGCCGUGAUAUUGCUGGAAUAUAGCUAAAUGCGGCAUAAAACCAUACUCACUCACUCUCUGCAUCAGACUUGACCUUGACCUUGCAUUCAUCUGGAGUAACUUAUGUUACCUUCUUUCCAUCAGUGAUAGGUUUUCUCCGACAUUCGUCAAAAGUAGGCCUAUGGCAGAUGUAGGUAUUUCCAGAAAUAGGAUAUAGAUGAUAUAGGAAAAUAGACAAGUGGUGCUUAACUUUCUUCCAACUGUACACAUUGUGUUUGUGUUGCAUCUUUUAUAUGCUUAAUGCUAGGGCUGGCUAAAAAGAUUGAUAAUUGGAAAUGUCAAUAAUGGGAAAAAUUAUUAAUGAUUAUCAUUUUGAUUUUUUUUUCAGUAAUAUCAUACAUACAGUAUGAUAGUGAAAUAGAGUUUCAAUUUAUCCAGACAGUGCACAAAGUCUGUUCAUUGGCCGCUUCAAGACAAGGUGUUGUUAGCAAUCCAAGUCUAAAUAUGUUACCACUCAGUAGUGAUGUGAAAUAUGUUGAUUUCUUUCAGAUUUUGGGGGCAGUUUUGCUCAAAGGUAUUUCUCCGAUAUGUAUUGAUAAUGGAUCGAUAUUCAGUUAACGAUCAAUAGCCAGCCCUACUUAAUGCUGUCCAAACUGUUUUUAGUCACGAACAUUUUGUGUGUUGUCAUUUAUAUGUUAAGGAGAUCUUAAUUGUGCACCUAUGUUAAUGUAACGUCUCUUCACGGUGUCAUGUUUGUCUUUUUCUGCCAGUGUAAGACUUGUGAAGGUCUGUUUAGAACACAAUUGGUGCAUCGUUCAUUGAGCUAUUUUGAUGUAAACCUUGGUGACAGAAAUACUGCUCUUUUGGCAGCUGAUUAACAUACAAGAAAUAACAAAGAUAUUUAUGAAAUAAUUCAACUUUGACACAUUUUUGAUACAAAAGUCUGGGAUGCAUGUUCACCUCGCUUUACUGGUGCAAGUUCAGUUGAUUUGGAAUGUAAAUUACAAGAUAGUUUACUUGAAAUGUUUCUUCCGAAUUCUGAAGUAGAAUUUUGUUGGAGACAGAAGGAAUAAGCACUAAUAGAAUAUCCCAACCAGAGUCCCGAUCCACAAACCGUUCGUAGCACUACGAUAUUAAUACCUAUGAGUAGCUAUAGAGUUAAACAUUUCGUAAAGUUACGAUCGCUAUGUGGAUCAGGACCAUGCGUGUUACUGUGUGAAGUAUAGAGUCAGUGUGUCAUAGUAAACAUGGCUAUGUUUGUGUGAGGCUUGCGUUGUAUAAUCAGCUUCUAGACCCAUUAUUCAUGUUAUUAACUCCCACAUGUCACAUGUAGAAAAAAACAUAGAGUUUGUUUGGGUUUUUUUUCAGAAAAAGAUGUUUGAUUAUAAGUUUUGGUUUUUCAUAGCUGACUAAUCAAAAUGUCACAGAUAUCUGUAUGCACAUGAUGCAUUUGUCUGCUUUAACCAAAGAACAGCCAAAGUUGUGUCCUCGGUGACCGAUUUAUCAGUAUUUUUCAAUGUAUCAGCUCCACCAUGGCAAGCCAACCAUGUAAAAUAAACUGAGGCAAUUUUAGUAGUUUCUUAACUUUUAUUAUUAUGUGGCAGUCUAAACUAAUAAUUAUUUUCACAAAAAGUAUUUACAAGUGUUUUUAUACUGAACAUUAAAAGUUAGGCAUGUUUUUUGUAGUGAAGACUGCGCACACAGUUUCAUAAAGAUAUUCCCCCUAAAUAUUGACACCUAACUUUUUAUGUUCAGUAUAUGAUAUGGUGAUAAAGGUAGCCAUCAAGCGUUCAAUCCAAGUGCUGCUUUUCCAGUUUGAGGAAGGAGGGCAGUGGGGUAGCCUAGUGGUUAAAAUGUUCACUUGUCACACUGAAGGCCUGGGUUUGAUUCCACACAUGGGUACAAUGUGUGAAGCCCAUUUCUGGUGUUCCCCGCUGUGAUAUUGCUGAAAUAUUGCUAAAAGCAACGUUAAACCAUACUCACUCACUCUUGCCAGAUACAUUCAAUCAAGAUGGUGUAGUUAUCAAUGAUGCCUGUGUUGUUUUGAAAGGGGGAAUUCUGUUAUAAUGUAUUUUGAUUACAUGUUAUGUUAUACCUUCCAGUCUUUGGGAACUGCUUGAUAGCUUCCUUUUAUGACCAUUUCCAUGAUGUAGCUUAAACAGUGAUUAUAACAAGAGAGUGUUGUACAUAUCCACUGCCUUCGUUCGUCAUCGACUGUAUGAAAAUAUUCAAGUGAUGACCGUAACAUACCCAAGUUGUUUUUUCAACAUUCAUGUUUGUAACUGAAAACCAGCCAGCUCAUUUCUGAAGACUAGUCACACUCAAAAUAUGUUUGUUUUUAACACUUUACUACAUUUAUAGAGAGUCAGAAUCUCAAUCCAGCACAGGUUAUGUCUCAGAUCUAACUGCUUGUCUGCUAAACUUUACCUGGUACUCUUAUCAAGUUUGCUUGCCAUUGAAUAUUAAUAUGUAUCUGAUCUUUGAAGAGGAUGUUGUAAGAAGCAAGUAACAGAGACCAUGCCACAUCAGUAACAACUAGACCAGCCUCUGUCUGAUUAUGACAGCCUCUGUUUGAGUAUGACAGCCUCUGUCUGAUUAUGACAGCCUCUGUCUGAUUAUGUCUGAUUAUGACAGCCUCGGUCUGAUUAUGACAGCCUCUGUCUGAGUAUGACAACCUGUUUGACAUAUAUCAAUCAACAUUUGAUAAGAAAAGUGUUAUGAUGUUGGACUACCUAAAACAAUUAAAAUCACUGUUCUAAACAAAAUGUAAUUUUGGUAUAUUAAUUGAAGACUAGAACUAAAAUUUAUUUUGAUUUUAAAAUUAUGCUGAUUUCAAUAUAUGGGGUCUGCAGGUACCAAUCUUUGGCAUGGGAAAACAUUUUGUUGUGUUCAGUCUUUGUUCAAAUGAAUCAUGUCAUGUACAAUCAGAGGAAGAAUAAUGCCAGAAGAUCUGAAGGAGAUCUUAGCUUUCAGCAUGCGAACCUUCACUAAACCUGCUUUUUUAUGCAAAUUAGAAUUUGCUCUUGCUUGUUGUUGGUUUAGAGUACGGUGAUUGAAGGUGUUUUGUUUCUUGAAUUGCUGGAGGUUUAGAUUGCUUGAUUGUGGGUUGUCUUGUGUUUUAGCUUAUGUUUGGAGCUGUGUACUGUAAUCCAUACUGUCAUUAUUUCAGUCAGUAAUAAAUUUUUAAUACAAAAGU